CGUUCGGUGGACUUCCGGAGAAAGAAGAAAAGUGCCAUUACGAAAAGUGCUCCACGCACUGGCAGUUGAGCUUUGAGGAUUUUUUUUUCGUCCCGUUCGCGUAUUUCGGGGAUCAGUUCGCGUGCGGUUUUAAAUUGUUUCUUUUUCGCGGGAAGAAUUGCUUUCAAGAUUGUCCUGUGAAGUGAAUUUUGUGAAUCAGUUGGGGUAUAAUUUCAAGUGGAAGAUCGUUGAACCUCUUGAAGUGAACCUGACAGGUUGAUUGAAGUUAAUUGUUCUGGGUGUUUAAAAACAAUAUUUGUGGUGUGUUAAGCAGUAGGAAAAGUUGCAAAAUGUUUUCCAAAACGGUGUUGUUCUUCGCUACCAUUGCAAUCGCCUGCACGUAUGCAACGCCAGCGAACUCGAUCGGUUCUUCAGCUCCGAAAAAUCAUCGCACGGCAAAGUUCGUACGUGAGUUUUCGCCAAACAUCGACUUGCAACGAUUGCAGACGGCCGAUUUUCCCUCCUACAAUAUUCCCGAACCUUAUGGUCCUGGUACGUACGCUUUUGGGUACGAAAUUCACGACCCCGAUAGUGGGAAUGUUCAGUUUCGAGACGAGGAAAAACUUCCCAAUGGGACGGUGAAGGGAUCUUUCGGGUACAUGCAACCGGAUGGAAGCGUUAUCAUCACCCGGUUUGUGGCGGAUUUGUUCGGCUAUCGGGCCAACACCGAAAUAAAACAACCGGAUGGACAAGUAUUGGCAUCGGUUCCAUCGCGCUCCCAAUCGGAAACUCUCAAAGGUCAAGGCAGCGCUCCCGAGCCCAUGGUCACAGCCGGUGCUGUUCAAUAUCCAACGAUUAUGCUUCCACCGACCUACAACCCAGUACUGAACCCAAACUUUAUUGAUCCUCAAUACACCAACGCCAUCCUGAGUCAUAUUCGCAAUCAACAAUUCUACCCUUCGCAAGGUUUGGUGCAGUAUCCAUAUGGAAUCCCAACAAUGACCCAGUUACCAUACGGAGGACAACCCUUGGUACCCACUUUCUACGAUACGCCCACGAAUGGAAACUUUUUCUCCACCCUCGUCAAUCAAUUCCCGACGAGCUUGGUACCUUCGAACUUCUACAACAACCUGCAGACCAGUUUCCCGAAUGUCCUGCCUCAGCAAAACCCAUUCAGCACCAUUGCUACCAAUUUCCAAAGUGGCUAUCAACAAUUUGCCCAAAACAAUCCUUUCAAUGGAUUCAUCAACAACGCCCAAUCUCAGCUUCAACAGUUUUACCCGCAGCAAAAUCCGUUCGCCGGAUGGUUUGGCCAGAAUCCCCCGAAAGGCCCGCAAUCCCAGGUCUAUCUGCAGCAAACACCUGGCGGCAGUGGUGCCAUCUACUCGGAAAGUGGAAUCCCAUCCGGAGUUUAUGGGGAUAUGCCGCUGAUGAUGGGGAACAUGAUGGGAAACCGAAUUCCUACCACCAAACGUCGCAUUACCGGAACCACCAAGCGGAAAAAUGGCUACAAAACCCGCGAUGGAACCGAUUGGUUGGAUGAGUUCCUGGAAACCCGGAAGGCAGAGGUUAUCUACGGAGUGACGACUGCGAUGCCGGAGGAGGCGAAGAAGACCACCACCGGGGGAAGCAGUUGAUCGGGGGAGGAUUGGAUUGGAUUGUCUAACUUAUUUAUUUAUUUGAAAUUUUGAAUU